AUGGCGAGGUCCAGCCUGGUGGAGCUCCAGUGCAGCAGAGAGACACCUGUGCUCAGCGCUCCUACGGUCACCGUGACGCUCCACAAGAGACUGACGGUGCAGGAGGAGGCUGGUGGUGACGAGGAGGAGGAGGAGUGCCGUGUUGAGGAUGAGGACACCGAAGACGAUGAUGACGAUGAUGACUACGAUGACGACUACGAUGACAACUACGAUGAUGACGAUGAUGAUGACGAUGACGAUGAUCACGAUGACGUCGCUGAUGAUGCGGACCGUGUCAAUACCCACCACGGUGAUGACGACGAUGACCAUCACCACGGCGAUGAUGAUGACGAUGACGACGAUGAUGGUGUGGACCGUGUCAACACCCACCACGGCGUUGAUGAGCACGACGAGGAUGACCACGAGGAUGAGGAGGAGGAGGAGGAGGGAGAGUGGUGGGAGCUCUCCGUGGCGGUCUCCAUGACGAGUGGCUGGAGGAGGAGAAUGGCGCGGAGUGACGUGGUGCAUCACCAGCAGGCAGAGGUCUUCACGAGGGGGGGCACAACCAUCACGGAGCGCUUUGUAGGAUGCCGCUUCCGCCACGCGGUGCCUCCCCCUAGAGGCGCUACUGAGUACUGCGUCCGUGUGAGGAUCGUAGCUGACUACCCCCGGUGGAAGACAGGGGAGUGGUCUCCACCGUCCUGUGUCUCGGUCCCUCCACCACACAGCGUCGUGGCUGCUCCGAUCUCCAUGUUGGCCACGGGAGACGCGGUGUCCGAGGGAGACACGGCCACGCUACGCUGCACGGCGUCCGACAAUCCGGAUUUGGACCCAAUUCAGUGGAGCAACCCUCACGGGCACACACUCUACUUCCAGAGCGUCAAGGCCCACACGGACCCGCGUGUCUCUCUGCUGCACUGGAGCUCCACCAGGCUGGACCUCGCCAUCUCCCGCGUCUCCACGCUGGACCAGGGGGUCUACAGCUGCUCCCUCUUCAGCCUGGGAACCCCCACGGCUAACGCCCUGCUCACCGUCAGUAACCAGGUAGCUUCCACACAGAGUUACGCAAACCGAUGA